AACGGAUGUUUUAUUUACAUGUUUAAGAUUUUCAACUUUUCGUGUUUCAGCCUUUUGUAUGUUUAAAUUCUGUAGCUGAAACUUCUAUGUUUGUCAGGUGAUUUGUGGAUUCAUGUUUGAUUUUCAUCAUCAUUCAGUAAUAUUGCAAAAAAGCAUCUACUAUGUUGAAACAGUUCAAAUAGUAUAUAUCAGUUUGAAAUUAACCAAUGCGUCUUGCAAGACAAGAGUCAAAUUUUGUCGAUUGAUAAAAUGCUACCUAAAAUUUAAAAAUUUUUCGCCAAAUUCAAACAAUCUGGGAAAUUACGAAAUCUUCACAAGCAGUGUUAAAAUCGAAUGUUUACUGUAAUGAACCACAGAUUAAAAAAGAGCGGCACUUCAAUGAUUGUUGAAAUCGUAGUCGAGGUUUUCUUUUGCAUACUCAGUUUUAUCUGAUUCUCAUCAAAACAAUUACAAUUAGCAGGUAAAACUUGUUGGAAACUGUCAUAAUGGUCAUAAUCGUGUCGGUGCGUAUUGUUAUCUGUGAUACGUAAGCGCUUGCAGGAUUAGAUGUUUAUUGGAAUCUAACGUUUAUUAGGCGUGUUGCUAUAAUUAAUAGUUUAUAGAAUUAUUUUCGUUAUUUGAGAUUAGUAGAAGGCUUUUGCAUUUCGUUCCAUACAAUGGCAAAAACUAAAGCGAGUGAAUCCGAGAACGGUGAAAAAAUCGCGGAAGCAAUGCCAGCCCCUAGUUCAUUGUCGAGUAAUAUGACACAGGAUAAUGAUAACAUUUCUACCAGAGUUGGAACCAGAACGAAGAAAGCCAAAGUGGUAUUUGAUCCUUCGGAUCAUUAUAUCCCACGAAAGCGAGUUAGGAAACCUGAAUCAAGUCUCAACGAUCAUCCAGGACCUACUGUUUUAGGCAGCAGAAUUGAUGGCAAUCCCUCAAAGUCGCCAAUAAAAGCAGAUAAAAAUGGUGAGAGUAGUUUGGGAACAAAAUCGCGCCUGUCACUUAGUCCCUCGGUAGCGCCGAAGUCUAACAUCGUUAGUACGUACAAACCGAAAGUAUUUGGCCCAACUCCACCAACAGAAGGAAGCAGCCGUCCGCACGUUGCUUCCAGCGGAAUGGGUUCAACUCGAAAGCAGGAAUUUAAACGUGAACCUGUAUGCGAUAUGUGUCAUAAGGCUGAACAACAACGACGUGGCUUUAAAUUAAUUGAUUGUUCGAAUUGUGCUUUCAGAGCUCAUUCGAAAUGUCUCUGUGCUCAUCCGGUUUAUUCGAAGUUUCCAAUUAAGCUUAAUUUUCGCUGCUUUCAGUGCAUUGAAUGCGUUGUGUGUGAAAAAUCUUUACGUGGCGGUAAUCUAUUAUUUUGUUGCGACUGUCAGAACGCUUUUCAUCAAAAUUGUCAUGGUCUAUCAAGGCAUGAUAUCAGCACGAAUGGGAGGUGGAUUUGUAAGCGUUGUACUGACGAAAGAUACCAAUAUACUAGCAAACAUCCACUUUUACCGUGUCAAGAGAAACGUUCUACUACGGUGCAACAUAUUGAACCGGAAAUGCAGGAGGCUGUAGACGAUGAAGGUCAUCAGGAAUUUGCUGGGUUCACUGAUAAUGAAAUACGAAAAGAUUCAUUUUCCUUAUCAGAUGGGACGGUAAACGAAAACUGCAAUAAUCUCGAAACUAUUAAAGAUGAAUCCAGUGAUUUUCAACAAAAGUUGGUUAAUGAGCUGAAUGUGAACGACGAAAACACUCAAACUACGACAAAUAAACUUGAUCCUCGUCUCGAAAACUUUGAAAACGUUGAAAGUUGGAGUUGUGACGAUGUUUUCCAGUAUUUCCAAUAUUACUUUCCUGACUAUGCUUAUCUUUUCAAAGAACAGGAAAUUGAUGGUCCUUCAUUAGUGCUGAUGCGAAAAUCUGAUGUCAUCACAGGAUUUGGGUUGAAACUUGGACCAGCAAUAUCACUGUACCAACGCAUUGUUAUGAUUCAAAAUAAGGAUACAGAUUUUAGAUUAACGUGGCUUUAAGCCUUUCAUUUGUCGUACGUAAUACAGCUCAAUAGCAACAGGGGUUUCUAAUCUAAAAUAGUUUUUUCGCAACUUUAAAGUCUUAUAAUGUCUAAACGUCGAAUCAAAGGCCCUGGACUUAAAAUUCAGGUUGAAGAAGCAUCAAACUCCAACCCUGUGUAAGUGUUGUAUCUUUACUUGAAACAUUUUUUGCAACUGUUUAUUUUAUAGGACACCGCCAAGAAAUUUGGAUAAAAC